AUGAAAUACUACUGGUUCCUCGAAUCGGUCCAGCAACAACAGCAGCAACAGCAUAAUCAGCAGCGGCCUCCCCCCUCGCCUUCACACUCACAGGUUGGUAGUAUUGCGGCGUCGCAGAACGGCGGCGGCCAAAACGGUGUCCCAAUGGUCAAUGGAUUGCCCAGCGGUGGGCAGCAGACGGAUAUGAAUCAUCUGUGGGCUGUGGUGCAGCAGUUGAGUCAGCUGCUUGAGGAGAAUAAGGCACAGACGAGGGGGAUUGUGGAGGGUGUUGCGGCGAUUCAGGGGAGGGCUGCGCUGGAGGAGGGGGGUGAGGUUGGUGGGGCUGGUACAAGAGGGGGUGGUCCGGUCAUGAGCCAGGUCAAUGGGGAAAUCAAUGCGGCGACACAAGCACAUCUUCAAUCGCAACUCUCCGCCGCCCAAGCUACAGUCGCUUCCCUCACCUCUACCAAUUCAUCCCUCUCCGCCCUCCUAACAGACUACGAAUCUGCCCUCACUCUGCUCCUCGAUAAACUACGGCCAUACGCUUAUUCGCAAACAAACGCCAUACUCGCUCUCCACAAACACUACCAGACCCUUCUCGACCAAGAGCGCUCCACGUCCAUGUCGCUAAGGCUAGAGCAUGCGGAGUGGCAGGCGGGCCUAAGCCGUGUAGCGGAGAAUGCAAGAAACGCGCUGAGAAUGCAGGGCGAGGUCGAAGCAGGUCUUCGAGGGACAUGUAAGGAGUUGGCGGAGGAAAACAGGGUGCUCAGACGGAUGGUGGGCUGGGAAGAGAGAGAGCAAAGCGACGACGAAGAAGAGAUGGCGAAGAUCGGUUGA